ACCAUCUCAUUUGUAAACUCUUCCUCAUUGGCCAGCCAGAUGCCCCCAGUGUGAAGGAAGUAUCACUAGGGAAACUUCUACUUGCUGUGCUUCAAUGUGUGUGUGUGUGUGUAUGUAGUGUGUGUGUGUGAAAUGUGUGUGUGUAGUGUGCGAGCGUGUGUGUAUGUUUUCUUCUCUGCUUGUGAUAUUUUUAAACACCCUUCCUGCACUGACUAAGCCUACGAGCAGAGCAGCAUCUCUUCUAUCUUUAUUUGGAACAACUACUGGAGGCUACUGGAGUGUUUUUGAGCUGCUGUGAAAGACCUACAUCAACUUCAACAAUGUUCUCCUCUGCUCCUCUUCCACAGUUUCAUUGCAAGCUAUUUGCAAAAAUGGGGGAUGACAAGCCUUUUGUGUGCAACGCUCCUGGCUGUGGACAGAGGUUCACCAAUGAGGACCACCUCGCUGUCCACAAGCACAAGCACGAGAUGACCCUGAAAUUUGGACCUGCCCGGACAGAUUCGGUCAUCAUCGCAGACCAGACGCCGACUCCCACUCGUUUCCUGAAGAACUGUGAAGAAGUGGGCCUCUUCAACGAGCUGAGCAUGCCCUUCGAGUCGGAGUUCCGCAAGGCCCAGGAAGAUGACGACAAGAGGGCCAAAAACCCUCUGCCUGCCCCUGGCUCUUCAGCUCUGGACAUGACUCUGCAGACGCCCUCAGAUGUGGUCAAAGUGAAGGAGGAGGAGCUUGUAGAGGUAGACUCCUCCCCUCCGGCUAGUCCAGACUCCAUCUCCAGCAGAUCAGACAGCAAUAACGAGUCGUAUAUGAGGGGAAAGGAAUCUCCUCCAAGGCCACCAGUGAGUUCAGCUCCCAUCCCUACAAUUGUACGGCCAGGCUCCCUUCCACUACACUUGGGCUAUGACGCCCUGCAUCCCACCAUGCCUUCACCCACGUCAGUCAUCACACAGGCCCCACCCUCUAACCGCACUCUUGGGUCUCCCACAGGGCCGUACCCGAUGAUGAUGCUCCCCAACGGUCAGGCAGUUCCUCUGCUCCCAGGCCCAGUGCAAAUGCCAUCUGUAAUAUCUCUGGCUAGGCCCAUGUGUAUGGUGCCCAACAUUCCAGGAAUCCCAGGCCCUCCGCUAGGGGGAGGCGGCAGUGGGUCCUCGUCCCCAUCUGGUUAUAUCCCCCACUCCGAGGCCAAGAUGAGACUAAAAGCAGCCUUAUCUCACCAGUCCUCAGCAGCCCAGGGAUGUGUCGGUGUGGCCAUGGGCUCCAGCGCUAUGGUGCCACAGAGGAUGGAGCAAAGCCAGCUAUUGGUGCAGCAUCCUGACGCCCCAUCCCCUGCACAGCCACAGGUUUCUCCAGCUCAGCCCACGGGCGGCAGACGGCGGCGGACGGUAGACGACGACCCAGACGAAAGGAGGCAGCGCUUUUUAGAGCGUAACCGAGCGGCCGCCUCCCGCUGCAGGCAGAAACGCAAGGUGUGGGUCAACUCUCUGGAGAAGAAGGCUGAGGAGCUGACCUCCAUGAACGUGUCCCUGACGAAUGAGGUGUCUCUCUUACGAAAUGAGGUUGCUCAUCUGAAGCAGCUGCUGCUGGCCCAUAAGGACUGCCCUGUCACCACUCUACAGAAGAAGGCUGCAUACCUGGGAGCGGAGUCUAUGAAGGACGUCUCUGAACCAACAGGCUCUCCUGCUCCGGUUAUCCAACACAGCUCAUUAGCCCCCAGCCCGUCCUCCUCGGGGCCCAACGGCCUGAGCUCGCGGGCGGCUGCCGAGGCCGUGGCCAUGUCCGUGCUGGCGGGGAUGGGGACCCAGCGGAGUGAGAGCGGGCCCUCUCACGUCAUCAUGGCCACACAGCCCCACUCCUCAGCCAGAUGAUGAGCCCGCAGUGGUCUGCCCGGGACUCUCCCUGCGCCGCGCCGGGAGAGGAGCGGAGGAAUGUGAGGAGCGAGGGAUUGAGGUGAAAACGAGAAGGGAAGAAAAAUAAUGCUCCCUCCUUUCUCCUCCUCUCUCCGGCCUUCUCUCAUGCCAUCACGCUCUGGCCUGGAGCUCAUCUGAAUUCUGGGAAUGACUUAAAACUUAAAUAGACUUUUGGGAGAAUGCGAGAAGCUUCCUGUUCACUAUGCCAUGGACUACAGGGGCUGGACUCCAAUCUUCAUUAGAUAAAAAAAUAUUUUAUCCUCAUCCUCAUCUUCAUCCUGAACCCCCUAACAAAAUAUCCACUCUUCCUCCUCAUCCUCCUUUCCUUAUCAUCCCUUGCCUCUUGCCUUCUAUCUCCGAGCUCCUCAAGCUUCAGAGGAUCGUUGGAGAGCAGAGUACUUCCUUUAGAUGAUCAUCAUCAUCAUCAAAAUCAUAAUCAUCUUCAUAAUAACCAACCUGCUCGGACAUGACCUCACAUAACCCCCCUUCUUUCCCCUGCAUAGACAACAUGCACAUAUUUACCACAGCGUACAAACUCGCAGAGCAACAUGGAUGUCUCAUUAGUGGCUGUCAUAGAAGUGAAAAAAUAUUUAAGAUACUGCCACGGUGCACCUGGUGGUGUGCAUGUCCACACUUGCAGUGCUCCACAUUUUACUCACUAAAAUGAGGCUUAGGGGAGUGAUUGGCAUCACAUCUUUGCAAUACUUUUAUAUAUAAACAUAAGUGUAUAAAUAUAUAUAUAUGUGUAUCUGGUUUGCGUGAGAGGAAAAAAAUGUUCUCUUAAAAAAAGAAAAAAAAAAGUUUUCUCUGAAUCUGGUCCCUAACAUUUUAGAGCCGUUUGCAUUUCACGGAGACCAAGAGAACGCCUCGUCUGAACUUCACCAAGAUCUGACCUCAUUUCUACCCCUUUAUAGUAUGUUUUAUAUAAUAUACAGAACAGUUUGUAAUCAGAACGAGUGCAUGGGCUUAUGUAGGUGUGUAUGUCUCUGUUUCUCGGUGUGUGUGUGUGUGUGUGUACAGGAAUGUAUGUCUGAGUAUAGCUUGUAAUACAUAGUUUGUAAUUCAUUCAAAAGGACUGAUACACUAAUGUUGGCAUGCAGAACUGUUUCAUUGUUCUUUUUUGUUAUUGUGUUCUUCGCUAUAUCUUCGCUUUAUGUUUGGUACAUCCUACACCUGCAGCAUGACUUUAGAACUGUUUUAUAUUUGUUUUGUUUAUUCUUUGGGUCUUUGGUUCUCUCUCAUAGCGUUGAACUAGAAUAUUAUAAUUGAUAUCUCUUUGACCCUGUUUACACCUGCUCACUUCAUAUAUGUUGAGUAUCAGGAUUCUAUCUGGACAAGGCCAAUCCACAUUAGAAAUACAAAUGUGAACACAUUUAAGAAACAUUUUAACCGGAUACAAGCAAAUCUGAUCAUACAAAACACGCCAGGAGCUGAUCUGAGACACAUUUAAGCUAAAUGCUAUAGCAGCGUAUAUCACAAUCAACAUGUUAUAGCAUGUUAUAGCAGCGUAUAUCGCAAUCAACAGGUUAUAGCAUAUUAUAGCAGCGUGUGCCGCAUUUAACAUGUUAUAGCAUGUAAUAGAAGCGUAUACCGCAUUCAACAUGUUAUAGAAGCGUGUAUCGCAUUCAACAUGUUAUAGCAGUGUGUAUCGCUUUCAACAUGUUAUAGAAGCAUAUAUCGCAUUUAACAAGUUAUAAUAUGUAAUAGAAGCGUAUAUCGCAUUUAUCAUGUUAUAGCAUGUUUUAGCAGCGUGUACCCAUUCAACAUGUUCUAGAAGCGUAUAUCGCAUUCAACAUGUUAUAGCAUGUCAUAGAAGCGUAUACCGCAUUCAACAUGUUCUAGAAGCGUGUACCGUAUUCAACGUGUUAUAACAUGUUAUAGAAGCGUGUACUGCAUUCAAUGUUAUAACAUGUUAUAGAAGCGUAUAUCGUAUUUAACAAGUUAUAAUAUGUAAUAGAAGCGUAUAUCGCAUUCAUCAUGGUAUAGCAUGUUAUAGCAGCGUGUACCGCAUUCAACAUGUUCUGUAAGCGCAUAUCGCAUUCAACAUGUUAUGGCAUGUUUUAGCAGCGUGUACCGCAUUCAACAUGUUCUAGAAGCGUGUACCGCAUUCAACAUGUUAUAACAUGUUAUAGAAGCGUGUACAGCAUUCGAUGUUAUAACAUGUUAUAGAAGCGUAUAUCGCAUUCAACAUGUUAUGGCAUGUUAUAGCAGUGUGUAUCGCAUUCAACAUGUUAUGGAAGCAUAUAUCGCAUUAAACAUGUUAUAAUAUGUAAUAGAAGCGUAUAUUGCAUUCAUCAUGUUAUAGCAUGUUAUGGCAGCGUGUACUGCAUUCAACAUGUUGUAGCAUGUUAUAGCAGUGUGUACCGCAUUCAUCAUGUUAUAGCAUGUUAUAGCUGCAUGUUAUGGCAGCAUAUAUCACAUUUAACAUGGUAUAGCAUGUUAUAGCAGCGUAUAUUGCAUUUAACAUGUUAUAGCAUGUUAUAGCUGCAUGCUAUUGCAGUGUUAUAACAGUGUAUAUCGCAUUCAACAACCAAAACUAUUCCUGGUACAACCAAACGCUGAUGAGAGCAUAUUUGUAUGCUCUGUCUCACACAGCAAUUACAUUUCAGUCUGACUAACCACACAUACAUUUAUCUACCAAGUGUAGCCAAAUGCAUGUGGCUAAAAUUAAAAAAAAUAAUUAGGAUACAAUCCAGAUUAAGGUCAAAUGAAGGGAACAGUUGUAAACUUGGUCAGGGUUUCUUUAUAGGAGUUACAGCCUAAUCUAAGACCUCGGUUAUACCUGGGUUGCUUCAUGCAUCUUAAGCAUCAAAAUUAUAUCUGGAUCAUAUAAAAAUGUAAGGGUAUCCAGAGGGUAUCUAAUCCAGACCGACUUAAAAGGUUUCUAUUACAUAUGUGGGCUAAUGUAGUGUUAGGAGUCCAGCCCAAGGACUGGUGUAUCACAGUAUAGUCCCAGGGCUUCUCAACUACGAAUUGAACCCCAGUCUCCCACAAGAUGUGGAGGCUUACAAGCAGGCGGUGGUGUUAUCCACUGCGCCACACCAACCACACUCAAAAAUAUUUAAAACAGAUACAAAAUCAGUAGCAGCUUGCAUAAAGGAGAACUCUGGUGUGAAAUGGACUUGUAGUGAAACAUGAUAACAAGGACUGUAUCCUAAGAUUUUAGAUAUAUGCAUUUAAAACGUGGUAAUUUUAGAGAAAAGUGGCAUUGCAGUAUUUCAUUCAAAAAGUCAUUCUGUGAGAUAUAAUGCAAUAUAAAAAAAUAUUUUCGAGACAUAUUUUUUUCUGAUUAAAGGAGAAAUAAAGCGUAAAAUUGACUUAAAUUGAAACAUGAUAACGAGUACAAACUUUUGUUGAAUAGCUCACCUCCUUUCACCUCCAGCAUUAUGAAAUACAGAGCUUUUAUCUGAUGCUCCCAACAGAUUUACAAUGAUAGCGAUAGGGGCAGAGCAUUAACUGUACAAAGAAAUCACUAGUUUGGAAAUUUCUAUUAAUUUAAUGUUGCAAUCUCUCCCCCCUAUUGAACCUAUUCCUUUGCGCUCAUUAGUCAACUUAUGAUGAUUUUAUUACAAGGUGGUGCACCCAGAGACCUAACUGAAGGUACUGUGUGUAUAAACAGUGUUUUUUUUUUUAACUAUCUGUGCAUUUUCAAGGCUCUCAGUGCCUCAUUUUAAAUAUCAGAGCCCUCAGAAUUCUAUCAAUGAAGUGUGGAGCUACUUUGAGCUUGUUAAUGGUGUAAAAAUAGAUAUGCCCCUAUCACUAGCACUGUAAGCAUGUUGGGAGGAUCGGCUAAAAGCUCUGUAUUUUGGAAUGCUGGGGUUGAGUGGAGGUGGGAUUUUCAACUAAAGUUCAUAUUUGUUAUCAUGUUUUACUGUAACCCAAGUCCUUUUUUUUCCAUUUUGGAUUUCUCCUUUUAAUCAGAAAAAAUAUGUCUCUUAAAUACUUUUGAAUUGCAAUAUAUCUCGCAGAAUUAAAUAUUAAAUUAAAUAUUGCAUUGCUACUUUUCUCCAAUAUUACCACGUUUUAAAUGCAUACAGUCCAGAAGCGAAUCACAUGAAGUGUCCAGAUGUAAAUGGGGUUUAAUUGAUGAUGCCACCACCACCACGUUUCACUGUUCCAUCUGCCAUUAUUUUUUUAUUUUGUAUUAUUAUUAUUUUUUAGCUCUACUGUAUCUACUGGGUUAUUUGAGGGGCACUGAAGCUCUAAAGAGCUCAGAUCUCUCUCUCUCUCUCUAUCUUUCUCUCUGUUUCUUUUGUUUUUAAUCAUUUCUCCUUUAAUUUCUCUUUCUUUCUAAAUGACGGGAUACAAUCUUCCCCUGUUGCUGCUGCUUUCUGAGCUACCACUUGCGAUUCUACUAAAAGUCAUGUUAAAGCCUUUAAAAAUUCUUUUUUUUUUAAACAGUUCAGAAGAGAAAAAGAAAUACCAAAAAAAAACUUGCUGCCUCUACUUUACCCCUGAGUGCCCUCUUGCAGGCAGUUAGCAGUUAUGCAACGACUGUCUGCCGAACUACUUGUGUUUAUACACACCUCAUGCACACACACACACGCUCACGCUCACAAAUGCAUCGGAAAAAAACACACCCUGCAGUGCGCGAUGUUUGAUGAAAAAUAAAACACCAACAAGAGACGAGAAGAACAGAUUCUGCCUUAAUCGACUCACAACAGUGCCUCUCUGAUGCCCCGAGAAGCCAGCCAGGUUCAUCAGGCAGGCUGCCCAGGUUUUGGUUUGUUUUUUGCCCAUGAGAUCCGAGACUUUGCUGGCUGAAAAAUAUCGCCAAAAAAUAAAGGAAUCUAUCAGGAGAAGUUAAGAGCUUUAUAUUUGUACAGAGAGCCGUGGAGGAAUUAUUACUGAUGCCUUUUUUACUGCUUUAACACUGCAGUGGGAGCGUAAAAGGAUAAUUACAGUGUGUUCUUGGGGCUGUUUUUGCUUCCACCUAGCCCUGCUAGAGCGUUACUACACCACAAUACAAUACAGAGAGACUUUUUUUUAAAGGGGAAAACUUGUACCAGCUGAUGCUCUUUGUAUUGAAUUACUUUGUAUUGAUUGUGCGUGUGGAUGUGUUUGAUCAGGCAAUAAUAUAUCAUAUCAAAUGGUUGGAUUUGUACUGUUUGUCUGUUACUUGAAUCCUUUAUCCUGUCGGUUGUUUUUUUUUUUUUUUUUUUUUUUUUGCAGAGUACAGGGCUGCAAAAGAGAGAAAGGCAUCAGUACACAACAUAAGGGCCUGUUUAAAUGCACUAAAAACGUCAUAAUGUCAUAACGAAAAAUCUCAAAUACUUUUUUACUUUUCAUUUUUGUCAUUGUUGUUGAUCUGCCGCUGCUGGGUUUGUCCUGAUCUCACCACACACUCACACACAUAUAUAUUCAUCAGUGAUGUGAUUUAGUGUAGUGAUUCUCUCAGUCUUGGUUCUGGAGGCCCACUGCUCUGCACACCUUUUGGAUUUUAAGUUUUACUGCUUUUCCUGCUUUUACUACCCCUUUUUUCAACUAUAAUCUAUCAGCAUAUGCUAAUUUUAAGCUGGAUUCUCAACAGGUCUUUUAUAUUUUAUCUUUUAAAUCUUCAGCCAGCUAAGUUAGAAAGCUACUAUCUAUUUAAAAGAGACUGGAUAAUUUUUUUUUAGGUUUUGUCAGUUUAUGAGCUAAACUGAUUGUUGGAUCAAGUGUGUUGAAAGCAUGGAAAAUACUACAAACAAAAACAAAAACAUUUCAGGGCAUUGGACCACCAGGACAAGGAUUCAGAAACAUUUCAUGAAGUGCGUUUACAUGGACUUCAUAAUCUGAUUAUAAUCAGAUUACUGCAGUCAUAUAUCUGAUUAUUCAUGUAGAAAUGUGUAAGAGCUGGAUUUAAGCUUAGUAAGCUUAGUACUCUUAACUGGAGUGUUUUUGGAUUUCUCAGUCUGUGCAUGUGCAAGAACAGACCUUGGGUUUAACCCUUCUAUUAUUUUAAUUUUUAAAAGCUAUUUAAUUAGUUAACAAACAAAUAUAGCAUGUGAAAUAAACUUGGGUACAAUUUCUAAUUAUUAUCUAAUAAUCUUUUGGAGGGUAAAAUUGCUGGAGUACAAUCCCUGACCCCCAAGAUAAAAGUUGUUAGUCAUUUUAAAGGUACAUGGCAUUUAUGUAAAAUGUAAUGCUGUAAAUGUUUAAUUAUUGAUGUACUUAAGUAAACCCUUGAAAAGUUAAUGUAAAUGUGUUGAUCAAAUAACUGAUAAACUCCAAGGUUCUGCAGUAAUCAGAUUUUGAAGUGCAUGUAUACAUACUGAAUGAGCGCAUAUGUACGUGUAUAUACAGCUCUGGAAAAAAAAUAAUAAUAAGUGACCACUUAAAAACUAUGAGUUUCUUUGAUUUUACCAAAUUAAAAUAUAAUUAAGAGGAAGAUGGAUGAUCACAAGCCAUCAAACCAAGCUGAACUGCUGGAAUUUUUGCACCAGGAGUAAAGGCAUACAGUUAUCCAAAAGCAGUGUGUAAGACUGGUGGAGGAGAACAUGAUGCCAAGAUACAGGAAAAAUGAGAUUAAAAAACAGGAUUAUUCCACCAAAUAUUGAUUUCUGAACUCUUAAAACUUUAUGAAUAUGAACUUGUUUUCUUUGCAUUAUUUGAAGUCUGAAAGCUCUGCAUCUUUUUUUGUUAUUUCAGCCAUUUCUCACUUUCUGCAAAUAAAUGCUCUAAAUGACAAUAUUUUUAUUAGAAAUUUGGGAGAAAUGUUGUCUGUAGUUUAUAGAAUAAAACAAGAAUAUUAAUUUUACUCAAACAUAAACCUAUAAAUAGCAAAAUCAGAGAAACUGAAUCAGAUUCAGAAACUGAAGUGGUCAGAGCUGUAUAUAUGUUUGUGUAUGUAUGUGUGUGUGUGUGUGUGUAUCGAGGCUUUAUGGGCUGUUUUAUAGGUCGACACAUAUCUCACAGCUACUGUCCCGGUGGUGACCUUGUAGCUCUGCGUUCUGCAUUGUACUCUUUGCGCUGGUUCUGCACGGGUUCUGCUGUAUCCGGCUUACAGAACCAGAUAAAAAAAGGGGAAUAUAUGGAAAAAGGGGGAGAUGAGGGAGAAGAAUGUUGAUCUUUCAAUAUUAGCGUUUUUUUAUUAUUAUUAUUAUUAUUAUUAUUAUUACUGGCACUUUUUUCUAGGUUUGUUCUUCAUGUUCAUGUUGUGCAGCGAGGACUACACAAACGUCGUAAUCUGUCGUGAUAAAGGCUUCUUUAACCCUUUUUGUUUGUUUGUUUGUUUGUUUGUUUUUGUAAUACUGAAAUCAUUUUUAGAUGUUCUGUAAUUACUUUAAUUUACUUUUUUGUUUCUCUCUGUUUUUGUCUCUUCUUGAUAAACAUGUAAUCAGAUUUAUUUUGCAGAUGUUUUAUCUUCAUGUUAAUUUUUUUUUUUUUUUUUUUUUUUGGAAAAGUAGUGAGAAUGCCUUAAAAGAGAUUUUGUUUUAACGUGUUUUACUGUUUCCCUCUCCCACUGAUGCUGGCAGCAAACCUGUAACCAGAAGUGUGUCCUUACUGGAUUUCAGCUCCAAAAAUUCAGUGUAAUAUUCCAUUAAUUUAUUAAGGGAUUAGUUAAUAAGAGUCCAUUUGAAUAUAAUCCCUCUGGUAUCACUAGUAAAGGCGAAAGACGAUGGUGAUCAACACGGUAAUGUAGUUGUAUGUAGAGAGUUCUGAUUGUUGUAAGGGUAAGAACGCACUCCCGGUCGGACUGAUUAGUUGUAGACGUCAUCCUCUUACUGUAUAUAUGUGUACUAUAUAAAUGUAUUUACUUUUACAUGCAUGUUGAAGUGGGAUAAUAUGAACACUUGCCGUGCUGCAGUUUUGAUUAAAGAAAAAGCAAUUAAACAACA